AAGAAGCAUGAAGCGCAACAACGAAGGGACUCGGUCGGCCUCGGUGCUGCCCACCGCCAUCUUUCCAGCAGGCACGCCGCUGCAGGCGACGUUGGCCAAGCUCGAGCAACCGGUGCGGUCGAAAGCAUCCCUGCCCGAGCAUCCGCCGAGCCCAGUGCCCGAAUCCACCGAGCUCUUCCACUACACCAACACGCUUUUGCACCGAGUGACGGGUCGGUAUCUUCCCGCGGCGGUGGUCGGCGGCAGCACCACCGCCCACGCGGACGAAGUCAAGCACUUGGCGUCCGACCCCGACUUGGUGCUUGUGAUGCAAAGUGUGCAGGACCUCACACAUCAAUUUCACGAGGUUGCCACGUCCGUCUUGUCGCACCGCCGCGAACUCGGAAAGAUUUUGCUCAAACUCAAAGGCUCGUACGUCGUUUUGUUUGAGCGCGUCCUCGAAGCCGCGAUGCGCUUCUACUACACGUACCGGGCCGAGCACGCCAAAGAGCGACACGACCAGAAGCUGGAGAUUUUGAACCAAAGCCGCCUCAUCCAAGAGCACGAAGAGUCGAUUCGGGUGCUCACGCACCACUUGGAAGCCAAAGAAGUGCUGCUGCAAACGCAGCGCGUCACGAUCCAGGACCUCGAAUUUCACAACCACUCGCUUCAAGCGCUCGAAGCUACGUGGCUCGAGCUCGUACGUUUAUUCGCCAAUUCGAUACCUCUAAUAUCGUCCGUGGUUGUAGCAAGACGAGUACCAAAAUACAAGGAGGCGUACACCAAAGCCGUCGAAGAGAUCCACCACGCGCACGAGCCGUCGCCCGACUCGCCUUACUUCAAUCAUUUCCGCCCGCGCGCCGACGCAUCAACGGAGACGAUCACCGACGACGACGGUCUCUGGGACAUUCAGGACGGUGUCCCAACGACCGUCUCGACGAGUGUGCGAGCGCGCAUCAUGUGGCGGCGCUUCCACGCUUUUGUUCGAUGCAAAAACUGUCAUGGCCGACCGCUGCCCACGCGCGCGCCGACCGAGCGAAAACGGUGGAGCCGUGCAGCUGCCAAAGAGUGGCGACUGCCCAACUCCAUCAAACACUUUCUGGCCAAUUUGCCAAAAACCGUGGUCGCGAUCGAGCGCUACUCGCUGCAAGAGCUUUUGCAGCACAUCGAAGAGCUCUACGAUGCCAAGUACGAAGCUGACUGCCUCGACGCGGCCGACGGCGUCGCGUACCAGCCGCUCGACCAGUUCGUCGCCGAGUACUAUCUCAAGAGCUGCAAAGGGCGGCAACUCGCCGAGGUGCAGCUCUACAAGCUGCUGAUUUCGAUCAAAGCGCUCUAUUUAACGUCGCCGGCGCUGCAUUUGUUUGCUCGCUUUCUUCAGUUGCUCGAUCGCGACGAAGCCGAGCAGCGCCAGUACCGCUUCGACCCCGACAUUGACGAGAAGGCCCAGGCCUCCAAGAUGGAGCUCAACGCACUCGGUCUCGGCACCGAUCAUCUCGUGUCGGUCAACGGCAUUAGCACCAAGUGGGUUGCACUGGAGUACGGCAUUCGCCUACUCAAGUGGUACCUCAGCUACUUGCCAGACGAGAAGCGGCAUAUCUACUGUCGACAGCUCGAGCACUGCACGGGGAUCUUACUCCAUGGCACCAUCACCGACACGACAGGUAACCAGCUCGCUGUCCGCGCACAGAUGCGUCUGGCCAUGUUGGGCACUGAAACGAGCCGCACUGGCGGAGAUGAGCCCGUGCGCCGGCGCGAUGUUGUCGUCGUGAGCGUGCACGUUGUCUUGGAGCUCAUCGUCGACGUGCUGCUCAUGCGCACGAAAGGCAUCGAGAUGGAGCUGACCGAGCUCUUUGAUUCGGGUGACGUCAACCACGACCACGUACUGUCGUUCGCCGAGUUUUGUGCGAUUCUCCAGCCGCGCGCACCCCACUUUAACGAGCGCCGGCUCUUGCGGAUGUUUCGAGAGGCGCUCGUGCUCGGCCAAGACCCGUCGUACGCCAUCACCGCCGACGCCUUUAUUCAAGUGUGUACGGACCACGGCCUCGUCGCGCUAGUGUCCAGUGCCACGUUCGAGCAAGCGGAGUCUCCGGCACAGCCCGCCAAAGCACCGGUCCAGCUCGUUCAACGCCAAGACGAGCCCGCUCCGGCACGGGACAGUGGCGGCGUCGCCGGCGCCGCGCCGCUCCCCGCCAAAGCCCACACGGCACUCCGCCUCCGUAAUCUCCACGAAUGGAAACGAAGCAGCCUCCACGAGCUGUGA